AUGAUUACACCGUCAUUCAAAGUGGAUCAGGAUGACAAUUCCGUGACCAUUGUUAUCAAAACGCCUUACGUGAGAGCCCAAGAUGUCGAUCUGCAUGUUCAAGGGACUGAAUUCCGAUUUUUCUUACGACCUUACUUUUUGAGAUUGUAUUUACCGGGCAAUCUCGUGGAAGACGAUGAUUCCAAAGCCGUGUACGAUCCUUCGGCGGGCGAAUUCACCGUAAAGAUCUCGAAAGAAACCAAAGGCGAGCAUUUCCAGGAUCUUGAUCUGCUUACCAAACUCCUGGCACGUAAAGGCGAAUCCGUUUCCGCCGAAGCCAAAGGGAAGAAACCCUUGAUCGAAGUCGUCGGUGGGGAUGCUAUGGACACCGAACCUAUCAGCGAACUGAAAGACGCCGAGAAUUUCAAUUGGGAGUUGCCGCAAGAGUUACCACAAGAUGAACUGCUGGUGCAGUCUUCCUGCUACGGGUUCAAUAAUCAGUACAAUGGCUACUUUACACAUGUGGAAGAAACGCCCAAUGAAAUCAAUGAUAUUCCCGCGCCUGAAAAAUCCACCACGGAAUCCAGGCGACAAAUUCGCGUCGAGCAAGAAGAUCUCAAGUUCGAUGAGGAUUACUAUGCAAUGGACUAUGUGAAUGAUGAAGAAAUUCAACAUCUCAUCAAAUAUAAAACCAUCUGGUCCAAAGAACUACGCCGUAUUCAAAAGAACGCCAAAUCAGAAGACGCGAGUGCACCGAAAAAUGCUUUGAUUCAAGAGGUGCAGAGUGUACAAACCAACGGAACGACCGACCUCGAUCUUGCUUCACUAUCCAUCACAGAUACUGCUGGUUCUCUAGUAAAACUCGACGCCAAAGAUGAGAAAUUGAUGCGUAACCUACCCAACAAAGAAUACUUGUUAUCACAUCCAAAAACAACGUAUCUGGGAUUGGUUGAUAUACUGUUCGCCUACAGUUAUAAUCAUCGUACAUCAGAAGGCGAAAACACCGUCGAAUCAGUUUGGUGUAUCGGAAAAGUAAGCUCCAGUAUGGCAUGCUUAGAGCAAUUUUCGACUCUUAAGGAAACCGUCAUUGCAUGUUAUCGUCGUGCAUUAUCAUACCCCCUUUACCGCAAUUUUGAACUGUGCAACAAAGUACUUCAGGACGUCUACGUGCUAUUCCGCUUAGGAAAGCGAGCUAUCCUCAAAGCAUUACUGGAGAUUAAAGAUUUAUUCGAUCAUCAUGAUGUAUACUACAUUUACAGUAAAAUAUGGCUCGAUGAUUACUGCGUAUGGAUCCAGCACGCAAGCGACCAUGUAAUUCGUACCUUGGCCCAUGAAUUGCAUCACUUUACGUUGGGUAAAAAUGAUCUCGGAUGGGAUCUGGUCGAAUUGGAAGAGUUGGCCCGAGAGAUGAAGACGUUGGAAGAAUCCGAACAGAACGGUGAAACCACAGUAUAA